AUGGAUAUCGACAAACUUGAUGAGGAUUUGAUGUUGUCGUUAUCUGAUAACCAUGAACCAAACAUCGAUGAUAAUGAUGAUAAUAACGAUCUCUUUAACGACCAGAGUGACUUAUUCGAUGGUAUUUUGAAAGAUGACUUGCUAGGAAACCCUUUAAACGGUGAUGAAAACCCUAUUAAAAACAGUGAUGAUAAUAAUAAUUCACCAAUUUCAAACAGUAUAGUUGACGAUGAGUUACAAUUGGAAGAUGCAUUGAUUCCAAAUACAGAUGAUAUCGAUAUACCUACAGAUAGCAAUAAAGACACUUCAGAAAAUAUAGAUGGAAAUUUGGUUCCGAAUGAUACUCAUCGAGAGGAUCCAGCAUUAAAAGAUGAUGGAAACGAACAAGAAAAUGAGUCAGGAAUAAUUCAAAAUGAAGAAGCUAAUGCUGAUAAUAGUAUCGACAAAAGCGAAGCAAGUAAAGAACCUAGUAACGAGCCAAGUGACCUGCUAAGUGAAGAACAGAGCGAAGAAGAGCAAAGUGAAGAACAGAGUGAGGAACAGAGUGAGGAACAAAGUGAAGAACAAAGUAAAGAGCAGAGUUUAGAGCAGAGUUUAGAUCAGAGUUUAGAUCAGAGUUUAGAUCAGAGUUUAGAUCAGAGUUUAGAGCAGAGUUUAGAGCGGGGUGUAGAACAGGGUGUAGAACAGGGUGAACUCCCAAGUGAAGAAAAAAGUGAAUUACCUGGUGAAAAACAGACUGAACUCCCAAGAAAAGAAGAUGACGAAUUACCGGGUGAAGAACAAAAUGAACUCCCAACUGAAGAUCAAAAUGAACUCCCAACUGAAGAUCAAACUGGACUCCCAACUGAAGAUCAAACUGGACUCCCAACUGAAGAGCAAAUUGAACUCCCAAGUACAGAACAAAGUGAAGCUCCAAGUAAAGAAGAGAGUGAAUUAUUAAACGAAGAUCUAAAUAUCAAACAAGAUUCGGAACUAAAUGAAUCAGAAACAAAUGAUAAACAGGAAGAAUCAAACUUGAAUGGAACGGAACUAGAAACCAAGGACAAUUUGGAAUCAAUCAAUGAUGCAGAACGUGACAUGUCGGUUAAAUCCCCUGUUGAUGGAAAUAGCAUAACUGAAACAGGAGACCAAAAUGAAGCACAUCUAGAAAGUAAGAAUGAUCCUGAUGUUGAAGUUACCACUAAUUCCCAACUUGGAUUUCAAAACGAUGAUAAAAAUGAAUUAGAAACUGAUAUCAAUCUUCAGUCUCCUAAUACAAAAAAUGAUGAGUUUCUGAUCGAUGAUAUGGUUGACAAAAUCCCUGACGUUGAAUCCGAAAUAAAUGAAGAGCAAGAAGGUGAAAAUCAAAUUGAUUUGAAUUUACAAAAUAACCAGGAUACUUUUGAUACAUCUGGCGAGACAGAUAGUGCUAUCCCAAAUUCAGAACUAUUGCAAUCUGCAUCGAUGACCAGUUUUUCAAAUCAAGUUACUACAUCGCUUCAACAAUAUACAACAACAACAACUCAUGUAGAAAAUGAUGAUUCAAAAUCUGGUGAAAAUUCCGAAAAGGAACCUCAUAAUGAUGAUUUAAUAGAUGAAAAUUCAGGCAAGUUGGAUAUAAGUGAAAAUGAAAAAGCUGAAAAUGAAGAUGAAGGAAGAAAGGAUCCAGAACUUCAACAAAAAAUCAUUACAAAUGAAGUGGAAAAUGGUUCCCUAGCUAUAAAGAAUGUAUCUUCUCCAGAUAUAAGAGAGGUUGAUGCAAGUGAGGGAAAUGCUUCUAUAAAGGGUUCUGAAGAUAAAAUGAAAAUAUCAUAUAAUGGUGAUGAAGAAAAAUCAUCUGCAGAGCAGAAUGGGUCUGAGUCAAACGUUAAAAAUUCGGAAAACACAGAAUCAAGCACAGUAGAUAAACCUACCGAAAGCUUAACGACUGAUACGAAUAAUGCUGGUAAUAUAGUUCAUGAUGAUGCAAAAAUGGAUAUUGAUGAUACUGAAUCAUUUAAAAAUAUUGAAAGCAAUGAAGGCCAGAAUGUGGAUAACCAAAGUUCAGAAACGGUAACAGAGAAUUUUACUAACGAGAAACUGAAAUAUGAUAUGAAUUCUAAUCAAAAAUCUCUUGAUUCGGAUAUCAAUGAAGAAGAUAAAAACUUAUACAUACCACAAUCUCAUGAAAUUGUUAUCCCAAGUUACAGUAAGUGGUUUGAUUUGAACAAAAUACAUCCGAUUGAAAAAAACUCGUUGCCUGAAUACUUCACAAAUAGAAUCCCAUCAAAAACACCUCAAGUAUAUGUCAAGUGUCGUAAUUUUAUGGUUAAUACAUACAGGAUUAAUCCUAACGAGUACUUUACUGUGACCGCAGCUAGAAGAAAUAUAUCUGGGGAUGCGGCUGCGUUAUUCAGAAUCCAUAGAUUUUUAAUGAAAUGGGGUUUAAUUAACUAUCAAGUUGACUCAAGGUUAUUACCUAAGAAUGUUGAACCUCCAUUAACAGCAGAAUAUUCAGUAAAACAUGAUGCACCAAGGGGAUUGUUUCCAUUUGAAAGUUACAAACCAUCCGUGCAGCUCCCGGAUAUGUCAAAACUAAAGAAAAUGAUGGAUAUAUCAGAUGAAUCGUCAGGCUUAUCUAAAUAUUUGAAUGAUAGUAAAAGAAAAUAUGAGGAAAUGGAAGAACAGGGAAACAAUGGUGAUAAGAAACGUACGUUAACAGAUGCUAAAUUGGAAAGUGGUAAUAACGAAACAAAAUCCGGAUUAGAAUCUUUACAGCCAGUAACAAAAAGACCUAGAAUUUUAGAAGAAAGUGGCAAAAAUAAUGAAAUGAAUGAAGAAGGCAUUGAAUGGACAAAAGAUGAACUCAAGAAAUUGUUAAAUGGUAUUCAAAAAAAUGGUGCAAAUUGGUAUAAAGUGGCGAAAGAAGUUGGAACAAAAUCACCAGAGCACUGUAUUUUAAAGUUUUUGCAAUUACCGAUUGAAGAUAAGUACCUACAUGGUUCUAGCGGAAAUGGUGCUUCGAACGAUUUAGGUCCUUUGAAGUAUGCUCCACAUUUACCAUUUUCUAAGUCUGACAACCCAGUAUUAUCUACAAUUGCCUUUUUAGUUGGAUUGGUUGAUCCUAGAAUAGUUAAGAGCAUGACUCAAAGAGCUAUUCAAAGCUUUGAUGAUGACGAAUUGAAAAAAUACCCUCAAGAAAAUAAUGCAAAAGAAGGUUCUGAAAUUGCACUUUCGUCUGUUGGAUUAAGAUCACAUAUAUUUGCAAAUAACGAGGAGAGGCAAUUAAAUUCAAUAACAAACCAAUUAGUGGAAGUUCAACUGCAAAAGAUUGAUCAAAAACUAAAAUUCUUAAGUAAUUGUGAAAGAGCUCUAGAAUUAGAAAAGAAAUCUUUACAAAAGCAACAAGAAGAUGUAUUAUUACAAAGAUUAACAAUUACAAAACAUUCCAAUACUGUAUAUAAUAAGCUUAAUGAAGUUGUAGAGCUUCUAGAGCUUGGUGAAGAUAGCGAUAACCUGAAAACUCAAAUUUCAGAAAUUAAAGAGAUGCUGCAGGAACCACCAACAUUAAGUAUCGGUCCAAACCCUGCUAAACUGGAGAAAGAUGCUACAGAUGCAACUGAAGACAUCGGUAACAUCGAAGAUAACAUCAAACCAGUCUCUAUCGAAGCUCCACAACUCUAUAGAUAUUGGUCAGCAUAG